AUGAGAUCUAAAACUUUACCUUUGAAAGCAGAUCCUUUUGGGGAAUGCGUAAAAAUCAUCAUCCCAACUGAUACAGAAAACUCUCAGCAAGAGUUUCUUGCAGCAGUGAAGUGCAUUAACCCAGAUCUUCAAGAUUUAAUUUUUAUGGCCUUAAUUUUGAAUUUUAGAAAUGUUUUAUCAAAUAUUGCAUUGACAAAUCUCAGCAAACAAAUAAAAUUCACCAAACCGAACAUCAUAGAAGAUUUUCCUGACGAAUUAAUUAUAAAAUUCGUUAGAAACUUUUAUAGAUUCAAAGCAAACGAUAUGACCUAUCUAGGAACACUUACAAAGAACUUAGCCAUGUCAAUACCUCUCAAACAUAUGAACGAAUUUAUUGAUAACUUAUUUUUACGAAAUGUCUUUGCAUUAGACAAAGAAACAAUACCAAUAUGCGUAAUGAGAAGCCCAGAUGCUAUGACAAGCUUUAUUCAGCACUUUGUUCAAUCACAGGAUUACAGCAAAACAUUUCAAAACGUUCUGACAUCAUUAAUGUGUCCAAAGUUCGACCAUAACAUCCUCGCAAGUAUUAUCUUACUUUUCCUAUCAGAUUGUCUUAAAAUUGACUCGAAAUGUUUUUCAUCAUUUAUUUCUUACUUUUCACGCGCAGUUUCAUUCAUUCCUUACAACGAAUCCAUGGAUAUCAAACAAUACGCACUUCUCUACUUCCAAAACAUCUUCAUUGUUCGUCCAGAAGUGAAAACAAUUGUUGUCGGAGUUUUAAAGGAGAGAAUGAAGAACAGAAUGCUCACACCCAACGAAGCAAUCAUUAUGAUACAUACCCACGAUGACUACAGUAUCCACGACAUUGCAGAAGCCGCAAUUUCCAAAGGAGGUCCAAUUUCAAUUUUAAAUCACAUCUCAAUGAAGAAUGUAAUGAAUCCCAUAUACGGAGAUCUCCUUGAUAUCCUUCUCCCAGCAUCAAUCUGCCUCAUGAAAGUCACAAAUCGUCAUAUCCAAACAAUCACAACAACAAUUCCGGAUUUGAAGAAAUUUUAUUACCUUCCUAACGUUUUGACAGCAUGUUUGAACAUAAAUAGAGUUCCUAUCAUCUCUGCUUACGCUAUUUACCAACCUGUUGCUUCUUGUUUGUUACAUAUUGUUUCUAUUUUUGGAACAACGAAGAAAUCACUUCUGAAACCAAUUGAAGAUGAUUUUAGAAUAUACCCUGACUCUGCUUUAACAGCGUUGUUCAUCAUGGCAUCAUCGAAUUACGUACAGGACAUAAACACUUUCAAAAGAGUCGCAAAAGCAAUUAUCAAAAAUUCAAUAAAAAGUGACUUCAAACAAAAAGUGUCAGGAUGUGAAUUUAACAAGACGAUCAGGCACUUUAUUGACUUGAAGAUGACUGAUAAUGAGUCAGUACAGAAGUUCAUCCUCAAGUGUUUCGUCUAUAAACAUAAAAUGGCUUUGAAACCUUCGAAAGUCAUUAAAGACAUCGAAAAAUUGAAGCCUUUGAAGCUCAGACAACAACAAGAGAUGGAAAAGCAGAUGGAAGAACAAAGCGAUGACGAGGAUGACUUGGAUAACGUAAAGACACCAAGAGAAUUCUAUCAGCCAACUGAUGAUUUGACAACAAUUGCAGAACCAGGAAUUUCAAAGAAAAGUGACAUUCCUAAACAAAAAAUUGAGAGUCCAAAGAAGAGUCCUGUAAGUACAUUCACUUUCGAAACACCACAACAACCUAUUCAACAAGAAAAGCCAAAACAAGAACAAAAACAACCAGAACAAAAAGUAGAACAAAAACAAACAGAACAAAAAGUGACAAUUCAAAAACCUCCGGAAGAAAAACCAGCAAAACCACCUGUUUCAACAGGAUCCAACUUGAGAAACUCAAAGACACAAGAGUAUGUUGUUGAGAAACUUCCAAACUUCGAUCCGAACCUUACAGAUAAAAAGGAAACACCACAAACACCAAAAAAAGUUACUGUCGAAGUUCCAAAAGAAACUCAACAACAACAACAGCAGCAACAAGGUCAAAGAGGAAUUAUUAAAGGCUUCUUUGGAAUGUUCAACUUCUUAAGGAACAUUGCAAGUAAUGAUGUUUUCGAGGAAGAGAAAACAACAGAAGAAAAACCACUCAAAUUAGAAAAGAAACCAAAUGCUCCUGGAAAUGCAAAUGCCGUGCAGAAAUCACAGCCUGUUUUCAAGAAUAUCGAGAUCAGCGAUGAAGAACUUUCACUUUCUGUUGAUGAAGAACUUGAAGCUCCUUCAAUCAACUUGUCUGAAGAAGAAAGUUCUGAAAGCGAACCUCUCGAUGACUUGCAGUCUAUUUACGCGAAAUAA